AUGGCCGGCGACGACGGCGUGGCGGUGCGGUGCGCUGACGAUCGCAUCGCACUUGGCGAUCACGUCAUCCUCACCGGUGGCGGCCUCAAGCGCAUGGUGGCGUUGCAGGCGGGCAACAGAAUUCGUCUUGGCAGCGCAGGGACGGUGCAGCUCGACACGCUUGCCGGCCUGCGCUUCGGUGAGGUGGUGCGCUACGACCCGAAAGACCGUGUGUUUGUCCCGACAAACGAGUAUCCUGAUCUUGACAUCACGAACCUUCAGCAGGGCGUGCAGGAGGGGCGCGACAACCGGCACCUCGUAGACGACAACCGGAGUCAGGUCUUAUCCAACGCGGAGGUGGCCGCCCUGCGGCAGGAGAAGGGUGUCGAUGAACUGCUCACGUCCCUCGUGGAGAAGAGCACGACGUUCCACACGAAGACGGCCUAUGCGCAGGAGAAGUAUCUGCGCAAGAAGAAGAAGCGUUAUGGCACACUGUACAAGGUCGAGCGCGUGACACCUGACGGCGCAGCGGAGAUUCACCUGCCGACGAUCAACCCCUCCGAUGUGGAACCGGAGGAGACGCGGUCGAUGCGGCUCCGCGCCGACACCCUCGCACUGAUCUUGCACCACAGCGACGUGCACAGCGGUAGCAGGGUACUCGUCUACGACAAGACAAAUGGCCACCUGGAAGCGGCGCUACUCACGCGUCUCGGUGACGACGGAAUCCUGCUGCAGUUAAUGGACAGAGUGGCGCAGCCAAACAUGUUUCCCGCGCAGGCCAUGGGCCUGACACGCAUUCGUGAGCUCUGGAAGGCCGUCCCACGCAAUGACGGAUUUCUCCUUGGUGUGGAGACUCCAGAGGACGAGGAGAAGGCAGUGGAGAAGAACAAGAGGCGGACAAACGAGACUGGUGGUGGUGUGUCGCAGUGGAUGCGGGGUAUCGACGCACACCGUAUGUUGAAAGAGCGGCCGGCGGAUGCGCUAAUUGUUGCAUCCGACGAGGGUGUGGAGGAAGCACUGACAGACCUGCUGCCGUUUGUUGCAUUGGGUGCCCAUAUUGUGGUGUACAGCCCAUUUCUCGAAGACCUCACCGGUCUCUUUUCUCUUUUGCGCAGAGAGUGCGUCAAUGUUCGAAUUUCCGAGACAUGGUACCGCCAUCACCAGGUGCUGUUGAACCGCACACACCCCACCGUGAACAUGAGCACAGCGGGCGGCUUCUUGCUGACGGCAGUCAAGGUCGAUGCAACCAGCAACACACGGCCCCGCCACGAGAGGGUGGAGCAGCUGCAGCAGUCAGCGGGGGAGGUAGAUGUUGCCACGUCGCGCAAACGCACACGCGAGCAGCAAGGUGGGGAGGAAGGAGGCAAUGAAGAGGAAGAUGAGGUGGAGGGAUCGGAUGGACCCGAGGGAUGA